AUGGAACCAAAUAUUAUUGUUAACCAAAGUUCUGGUCAAGUACCAUUUAGUUUAAAUAAUCUAAAAAUAGUUGAUAACAAUCAUGAUGCUGAUUGGUUAACAAAAAUGAAUAAUCCAAUUGAACCAGCUGUUAUUAUUAACAAUCAAACAAGCAGUUCUGGAACUGUUUUUUUGAAAACAGAUCAAUAUCCAAAUGGAGCAGAUGUUAAAUUCAAUGUAAAACCAUGUGGUAGCCUAGUUGAAUUUCAACAAACUUUGAACAUUACAACUCCAAAUUAUUAUACUAUCUCAAAAAGUACAAGUUUCUCAAAACAUGUUCAAGGAGAUUCUAAUUUUAAAAAUGGUCAUAAAGGAUAUAUUCCCUUUGAUUUUGAAGCUAAAUUUAAAUUUAUUAGAAAAUUUGAAUAUUCAGCCGAUUUUUAUUCUGAAACAAAAACCUCUUACUCUCAAUACUUAAGUACUACCUCUUAUGUUCACCAAAGUCUUGUAACUUAUGCAUACAAAAUGAUUGAUUCAAUUGAUCAUAGAAGAUUGGCUCAACUUAACCCAGAUUUUGAUUGGAAAUUCAUUGGUAAUGACCUUUACUUUUUUGUUUCAAUUUAUUCCAACAAUCAAAUUAUAAGAUCAUAUGACUCAAAAUAUCAAAUGAUUGAUGAAAAUGAUUUUAUUAAUUAUUUAGCAAAUCAUAGAAAUCUCUGGGAUAAUUAA